AGGGUGGGCCAUCUAUUGGUACGUUUUUGAAUUUCGUCGUAUGGCAACACCAAACGAGCUACAGACCCGAAAUUUUGACAGUUUAUUAGUCAUACCGUCCGCGGCACGAAACAACAUGUUUUCUCUUGAAGAGCGUUUUGAAAUUUUAAAAACUUAUUUUCAAAGUCAGUGCUGUGUCGCCGAAACUGUACGAAUUUUGAAAAGAAAUAUGGGUCGUGAUAGAGCACCCACCGAAGGAGCUAUACGCAAAUUGGUGAGGAAAGUUCGUGAGAAAGGGAUGUUAGUGGAUGACAGAAGUGGUCCCAGAGCUCGGACAGUGCGCACACCCGAGAAUAUUGAGGCUGUGGCCCAAAGUGUGAGACAGAAUCCGACGACUUCAACUCGACGCCGAUCGCAGCAACUGAGCAUUAGUCGCACCAGCCUGAGGAGAAUACUGCACAAAGACCUCGGAUUAUUCGCCUACAAGAUCCAGAUGACUCAGGAGUUGAAAGCAAAUGACCAUCCGCUUCGAUAUCAGUUUGCUGUGUGGGCUAUAGACCAGCUCAAUAAUGACGUCGAUUUUGGUCGAAAAAUCAUCUUUUCGGACGAAGCUCAUUUCCAUCUCGGCGGAUAUAACAUCUAUUUACUCGUACAUUAUGCGCUAAACUUCUGAGUUCCUCGGUGAACCACGCGACGCAAUCGUUAUCGCAACGAAAACGAUAUAUCGACAGCGAGUUGUCGUACGAACAAUGUGCGUAA